AAAGCCUGCUGUUGUUAACAUCACCCUCAGGAUAUUGCUUUCGGUUGUGUCUGUCUGUCUGAAUGCAGUUAUGACACUUUACCACUGGAGACUGAGAAUGACUCAAGGGGACAAAGCUCUGCUAUCCAUUAUCUUUCUGGCUCCAGGGGCUGUGCGCCAUGGACAGCGGGUGCCAGGACAUGGCCAAGGACGACGAGGAGACGCUCUGGGAGAAUGUGGAGAGCAACCGCAACAUCCUCAGCCGCUACAUCAACCCCAACAAGCUGACGCCGUACCUACGGCAAUGCAAGGUCAUCGACGAGCAAGAUGAGGACGAGGUGCUCAACUCGCACAUGCUGGUGUCCAAGGUCAGCCGGGCAGGCCGGUUGCUGGACAUACUGCACACUAAAGGCCAGCGGGGCUAUGUGGUGUUUCUGGAGAGCCUGGAGUUUUACUACCCUGAUCUCUACAAGCUGAUGACGGGGAAGGAACCCACACGCAGAUUCUCCACCAUUGUCGUGGAGGAGGGUCACGAGGGCUUGACCCAGUUCCUGAUGAACGAGGUCAUCAAGCUGCAGCAGCAGGCCAAAGACAAGGACGUGCAGCGCGUGGCCAUCAUGGGCAAGCACCGCACACUGGAGGACGAGCACAAGAAGCUGCGCCUGGCCAACCAGGAGAUGCAGGCCUUCCAGGAGCGCUACAACAAGAUGAAGGAGGAGCGCAACAACUGCAACGAUGAGCUCAUCAAGGUGAAGGACGACAACUACAACCUGGCCAUGCGCUACGCCCAGCUGAGCGAGGAGAAGAACAUGGCCGUCAUGCGGAGUCGUGACCUGCAGUUAGAGAUUGACCAACUGAAGCACAAGCUCAACAAGGUCGAGGAAGAGUGUAAGAUGGAGAGAAAGCAGUCGCUGAAGCUGAAGACCGACAUUGAAAACCGCCCUCGUAGAGAGCAGAUCUUUGAGCUGGAGAGGGAGAACGAGGUGCUGAAGAUUAAAGUGCAGGAGCUGCAGUCCAUCAUACAGCCGGGGAAGCAGGUCCUGCCGGACUCUGAGAAGGCCAUCCUGGACAUCUUGGAGCACGACAGGCAGGAGGCUCUUGAGGACCGGCAGGAGCUGGUCAACAGGUUGUACAACCUGCACGAGGAGGUUCGGCAGGCCGAGGAACUGAGAGACAAGUACCUGGAGGAGAAAGAAGAUCUGGAGCUGAAGUGCUCCACACUGGUGAAGGACUGUGAGAUGUACAAGAACCGCAUGAACACCAUCACCAUCCAGCUCGAGGAAGUUGAACGAGAGAGAGAUCAGGCUUUUCGCUCGCGGGACGAGUCUCAGAACCAGUUCUCCCAGUGCCUGGUUGAUAAGGACAAGUACCGCAAGCAGAUCCGCGAGCUGGAGGAACGCAGCGAUGAGCUGCACAUCGAGAUUGUCCGCAAAGAGGCCAAGAUCGUCAACCUGGAGUCCAAGCUGAGACGCCUCUCCAAGGACAACGGCUUGGACCAGAGUUUACCUCGAGACAUUCCAUCAACAAUCAUAUCCCAAAACUUUGGCCACCCUAAACGAGAUGGUCAGUUUGAGGACUCGGGUGAUGAGUCACCAGAUGACAACAAAUACUUCCUCUCAGAACCUCGGCUGAAACGGAGGCCAAACCUCAAGGGAAUUCCUUUCUCCAGAGCAAAGUCACCAGUCAGCACACCUAAAACCAUGGAUUUUUCAACUUUAUCAGCCUUCAACACCAAUGGGAAUGGGGAUCUUUCAGAUGCCCCCAGCACCGAUACUAACUCUAUAAAUACCAGUUCCUUCCAUAAUACAAUCACUGGAGAUAUACUCAACAAGCAUCUCCUGCGGUUUCGCAAUGACAGUAUAAUGUCCACAGUCCCUGAACCACCAGGAAAUGACUCUAUUGUCAGAAGGAGCAAGGAAGGGGAACACGACACUCUACCUAGAAGCCUGUGUGACUUUGAGUGUGACAGUGGUGACAACAUGGAACUUUGUGACGAAGACACUGACAGAUUUUCCCAUGGACCUCCUUCAAUCCACUCCUCGUCAUCCUCCCACCAGUCCGAGGGCUUGGAGUUGGACUUGGAACAAGUCAACAACAUCUUCAGAAAGUUCUCCCUGGAAAGACCCUUCCGACCUUCCCUCAACUCCUUCACGAGUGUCAGUAGCUCUUUGCGCCCAGUGCAGGACAUCAGCCUCCCAGGGGACUCCUUUUUGUCUGACGUCAACCUGGUGGGAGGCAAUGCCAGUGGCAUCUUCAUCACCUUCGUCCAGCCAGGGUCUUAUGCAGACAGAGUUGGCCUGAGAGAGGGACACCACCUCCUACUGCUGGAAGGCUGUGUUCACGGGGAGAACCAGAGCAUCCCUCUGGAUACAUGUACUACGGAGGAGGCAAACUGGACUCUGCAGAGAUGCAGUGGACUGAUCAAGCUGCACUUCAGAGCCAACUAUGAUGGUUAUAGGAAGCUACUGAAGGAGGUGGAGGAUGGCACCUUGGUUUCGGGGGAUUCCUUCUACAUCCGCCUGAACUUCAACCUGUUGGGCCAUUGGGACAGCUGCUCCAUGAGCAUGCACUGCGAUGAGAUAGUCCACGUGCUGGACACCAUGCACCAGGGGAGGAGUGAGUGGCUGUGUGCACGGGUUGACCCCUUUGUUGACAAGGACCUGGAAAAAGCCACAAUCCCCAGCUACUCCAGGGCUCAGCAGCUGCUCCUGGUGAAGAUUCAGAGGCUAUGUAGGGGGAGCCGGGAAGAGGCGGAUAGCCUGCGUGGACUCAAGAAUAUGUUACAGCCUGAGGAAACCUUUCCUCCUCCGGACCCCAAAUCCAGCCCAAGAUUGUCCCGCGCAAGCUUCUUCAUUGGCCAGAUCUUACAGUUUGUCAGCAGGACUGAGAACAAGUACAAGCGGAUGAACAGCAAUGAGAAGGUCCGGGUGGUCAACGGGGGGAGCGCUACACUUACCAGGCCUGGGUUUGAAAACUCGGAUGCAGAAAAUGAUCUGAGCAAGAACUUGAACCUGAUCCCGUAUUCUCCAGUGACCCCGCACCACUCUGAGCACAAAAGGCCUGUCCUUUUCGCCCCCAAUAUUCUGGCCAAAACAAUUGUGCAGAAGUUCCUCAAUUCAGGAGGGGCCAUGGAGUUUAACAUAUGCAAACCAGACAUUUUAUCAAAAGAGGAGUUUCUGAACAAACAGAAGAUUGAGCCCAUUAUUUAUUCCAAAGAGAAGCAUGGCAGUAAAUAUGAGUGCAUCACUCCUGAAAAUAUUAAAGCGGUCGCUGCCAAGAACAAACACUGCCUGCUGGAAGCUGGCCUGAGCUGCACCAAAGACUUGCUGAGAAGAGAAAUAUAUCCCAUUAUCAUCUUUAUCAAGGUCUGCGAAAAGAACAUAAAGAAAUUAAGGAGGCUGCAGCUGGUGGACUUAGAAGAUGACUUCCUAAGGACAUGCCGGUUGAAGGAGAAAGAGUUAGACACUCUUCCCUGUCUCUACACUUCCGUGGAACCGGAUUCCUGGAGUGGAGUGGAGGACCUGCUGAAGGUCAUCAAGGAUAAAGUCCUUGAGGAACAGAAGAAGACAGUUUGGGUUGAGCAGGACCUCCUGUAGGGCAUGCUGGGAUCGUUGCCAUGGUGGCGUCCCACUGGUGAAAUGGAACAGUCAAAUAUAAUGACUGAAAUGCAACUUAUCGCUGCUCCCAGAUUUGUUGUCAUCUAUAACGGAGUACGAGCAGUGAACAGAAGUGACAUAUGCAUGUUGUUCUUGAAGAUAUGUGCAGUCGGUGAAGGCUAUGGGAAAAGAUGUCUUUGUCUGGAGAGCAGACCCAGUUAUACUGAAGGCCUCAGAUGAAUAAUGGAGCAGCUAAGGAACAGUGUGGAAUCUUGUGCCUGCGGUGUGUAUCCACUGUGCCUUCCUGCAGCAGCAAUUACAGUGAAAUAUGAAUCUGCCCAUACUGCUGUAUCUGUACCGGCCAGUAAGGCGCAGGUCAGUACACUCAAUGUGAUUUCUGUGGCCUAGCAGAGGAAAUGUUGUCCCAGCUAUUUUCAGAAUUUCAGCUGAAAGAUGAGCAUGUCAGCAGUAUAUUGAGAACACUUUAAUGGCACCUAAUAAAUUAUAAAGAUAAAAUGGAAAAGAAUUUGCAGGGAGCUCCAGUAAUUAAAUGAAGCUCUGGAUAAUACCAUCAAAAAAGGCAUUUCAUUCUGUAGGUAAAUAUACCUAGCCUGAAGCCGCCAUUAAUUGCUAACAUUAUUUUUGCAUUUAUGUCGUCUCUCUGAAUAAUUACCUUCACCUUGCAUUUAUCUUUCAGUUAUGUUAUUUAGUGAUAUUUAUUUUUUAUGUUUUUUUCUUCCCACACGCAUACAUUAUAUACCACAUGAAUGUACAUAUCUACAUGUAAACAGAAACCUUUGUACUACAAUAGUAACACUUGGGAAAAUUAUUCUAAACAUAAUUCAAAAGCAUCAUUGCUCAAAGGUAGAAAAACAUUUACAUUGUAGAUAUUGUAAAAACCAUUUUAAUUCAACAAACAAAUUUUUAAAAAUUAACAGCUAUCUUAUACUAACUUCUUUUUUAUGCAUUAAGGCAUGGCACUACUUUUUAUCUGUUGAAUAUUUACAAUAUGCUGCCACAGGAUUUUCUUUUCUUUUCUUUUUGAGUGUAAUUUUCAUAAUUUGUAUACUCUUGAAGACCGAGUAAACUGAAAUGUAAAUUAGGAAGUGAGCAAUAUUCUUGCCACAGAAGAUUGUGGGUCUCCACUGGUAAUAAAAAGAAAACAAAAACAGAGGAAGAGAGGGCCAAAGUUUUUAUUAAAAUAGUUCUAAAACAUGACUGCAGUAUGUGUACAUCACAUUUGACAGAAUCAUAAGACAAUGAUUUGUACCUAGAAUAAGAGCAUCUCUUAUUAAAGGGGCAGUCUGUGAUAUGGUAUCUGGAGCUAUAACAUACCUGAUUCUAAACAAGCUACUAUUAGUAAUGAAUAUUUUGUAUCUCAUGCAGCAGAGUACAAACAUUUUUUGUGAUAUUACAACCUGAAAUGGCUCUGCUCAUAUAGAAAGUGGAAAAGACCAUUUAAUUGGGCCGUCCCAUGAAUGAAGUAUGUAUGGGGCGUCCUGUAGCGUAGUGCUUAAGGUACAUGACUGGGACAUGCAAGGUCGGUGGUUCUAAUCCCGGUGUACCCACAAUAAGAUCCACGCAGCCAUUGGGCCCAUGAGCAAGGCCCUUAACCCUGCAUUGCUCCAGGGGAGGAUUGUCUCCUGCUUAGCCUGAUCAACUGUACGUUGCUCUGGAUAAGAGUGUCUGCCAAAUGCCAAUAAUGUAAUGUAAUGUAUCAUUUAAAAAUAUUAUUACUGUGCAGGUCUAAAAUGUGUAUUACAACUAAUAAGAAUGUGUGCUUGAUUGUGUGUUGCUUACUUGGAGGAAUGUGUGAAUGUAAUAAAUCUCAUAAUC